AUGCUGCGUGCUAGUCGACUGUGGAAGACCAUCAGGGCGGCUGACAUUGAGGCAAAGAUCAGAGCCAGCGAUAUACUUCAGCCGUUGCAGGACGUCAAGGUAGUCGACGCCAGUGGAGGAUGUGGGAGUUUCUUCAACAUCACAGUGGUGUCGCAUGCAUUUCGUGGUAAACCGUUGGUGCAACAGCAUCGCUUGGUGAACGAGGCGCUUAAGGGUGAAAUCCCACUGAUUCACGGCUUUUCCCUCACCACUAAAGUGGAAUAG